GAGCGGUUGUCUCGUGGUCAUGAGGCUGAAUGCGUCCGAGCUGCCGUGGGAGGAGUCUUCGGGUGCGGACGCCUUACUUGCUUGGGACCACCAAGGGGGCGGACCGCCCGCCCGGGAAACCCGCCCGGCCCUGACGGCGUGGGGAGUGGCCCUGUGCAUUUCGGGAAGCGUCAUCGCUGUCGAGAACGCUGUGGUGGUCACCACCAUCCUGGCAACGCCGUCUCUGCGCGCUCCCGUCUUCCUGCUUCUGGCCAGCCUGGGGUUGGCCGACCUUCUGGCCGGUGUGGCUCUGGUAGCCCACUUCCUGUUCCUGUUCUGCCUGGCGCCCGGCGAUUGGGCCGAGUUGGUGACGUCGGGUCUUCUGGUGACUUCGUUGACUGCCUCGCUGUGCAGCUUGAUGGGCGUGGCCCUGGACCGCUACCUCUCGUUGAGCCACGCCCUGACCUACGGCUCAGAACAAUCUCGCCGGCGUGCCGCCCUGCUCCUGCUUCUGGUGUGGACGGGUGCCUGCGUCAUGGGCGCGGGCCCCGCCAUGGGCUGGAACUGCUUGGAUCAGCCGGCUUCUUGCUCAGUGGCGCCUCCCCUCACUCGGACGUACCUCUCGCUGCUGUGCGGUGGCUUCCUGGUGGUGGUGGUUGUCACCCUGCAGCUGUACGUCGGUAUCUGUCGGGUGGCGCGGCGCCACGCUCACGCCAUUGCCACUCAGAGGCACUUCCUGCCCUCCAGCCAGUCGCUGGCUGGCAAGCACGGCGGCGGGCGAGGUUUCUCGCGCUUGGUGCUGGUUCUCGGAGUCUUCGUGGGUUGUUGGAUGCCUUUCUCGCUGUGGGGGCUGCUGGGUGACGCGUCCAGCCCACCGCUGUACACCUAUGCCACCCUGGUGCCCGCCGCCUUUAGCUCUCUGCUGAACCCGCUGCUCUACAGUCUGAGGAACAAAGACAUACGCAAGGUUCUGCUGCACGCCUGCUGCCCUCGCAGCCACGCCACCCAGCUGCACUGCCCUGUGGACGUGUAGGACUUUGCGUCGACUCAAUCAUGAGAAACUCUGGGACACAAGCCCAGGUCUGAAAUCCUGGAUCUGGUGGAGAAACCUUCCCAUUCUGUAGAGGUUGUAAAAGAUCUAAGAAUGACAACACACUGUGUGUAGCCACCAUGCUAUAUUGUUUUGGGGGCAAAAGCCAGAUGUUAACGGUGCCAUCAUGAGAGCGUUUUUACAUGAUGCCGGCACGUUUACCUCAAAGAAGAUAAACGGCAGGUCCAGAAAACGCACUUUUCUUGCAUUUUCUCUUCUUCUCCAGUAGUUUGGCAGUCCAAUUCAUUCCACAGCAACUUGAUUUGCUGUUUUGCUGCCAUCCGCCAGGCUAAAGCGCUGCCAGAUUACCCCCAAGCCAAUAUGAUGACUGAAAUGCCAAUUUGGCAACAUUUUCACUUCUUGAAUUGAAACAGAAAAUGAGUUGAAGAAAAGCCAUCGUUUUUGGUGUAAAUCCAGGAUUUCCCUGCCUUGCUGUUUAUCUCAUGAGAAAAUUCAGAACUAUGCAGGGGUUGGAUACCCCCUCAAUAAGCAUGGUGUGGCCUUGGAAGAGGUCCUGUUGCUUCUGAUGCACCAAUUUGCAGAGAAGACCGCAUGAAAGCGGCUCUGGAGAGGUCAAAUCAAUGUUUUCCAAAUCCUGAAUCUACAACCAAGGUUUCUUUGGAAUUGUUUCAAGUCACAUCUAAAGAGUAAUGAAGUGCAAUUUUAUCUUGUUAAAAAAGGCAGGAUUGACCUUUUGAUAAUAGCAGGCUCCGGCAAACAAGGUCACAAUCUAUGCCAGUCGUGCGCUAAACACAAAGUAGCGCUCGGAGUGUUAAAUCUUCCACACUCCCACGUUUCUUUUUUAGAAGCAGGACGUGAGGUCCUCCUCCCUUAUCGUCCUCAUCAGAACAUUCUGAACUGUUCUGGCCGGCGGGCAUCUUGGAGGAACUCCCACUACUACCAGACGUCUCCGUGCCCGAGCCAACAAUCGGGCCCACUUGUAGCUGCACGAGAUCCCUCCCUCAGUGAAAACAAUCAGCCGUCCGCCCACCCAAUUGACAUUUGUACCGUUAUGGAGCGAGGGAGGGAGUUCGGGGGCACAAUGAGAGUCAUGUUGCUGAAUUCACUGGAUCCAAAGGCUUAAUAAUAAUAAUGUGAUGAUGUACUUGAAGUGUGUUUUGCAAACACAAUGUUCCAAUGGAGAGCUCCGAUUCUAUUUUUGCACACGCUCUCCUACUUCUAAGGCACUUUUCAGCCAUUGAGACUGUAUGUUGCACAACCUUUUGUCAAAUGAGUGAAUAUUUUA